AUGACAAAGGAAGGUACGAAGAAGGGUGAGCUGUCAAAUAUAAAUAAAAAGGGGGAUCUAAUUAGUAAAAAAAAAAUCCACAAAAAGAAGAAAAGAAAUAAAAAUGGCAAUGAUAAGAAUAAAGAGGUUAGACAAUUUUCAAAAAACAAAGAACUCAUUACAAAUGAUUCUAAUAAAAAUAAUGAUUAUUUAAAAAAAAAUAAAAAUGAAAAUAGUUUAUUGAAUAUACAUCAUCAGGGAAAAUAUUAUGAUGAUGAUAUAUAUGGAAAUAUAGAUUUAGAAAAAAAUAAACAAAAAUAUAAAAAGAAAAAAAAAAUUGAAGGAACACCAGAAGAUAUAGUUAAUGCAUCUUUAUUUCGAUACAUAAAUGAAUAUAUGUAUACAAAUAAUAGUGAAAUUGUAAAAAAAAAAUUAAAUGAAACAAAAAAUAUUUUUAAUAUAUAUCAUUCAGGGUACAAUAAACAAAAAAAAAAAUGGCCUAAAAACCCUGUAGAUAUAAUUAUAAAAUAUUUAAAAAAAAAUUAUACAAAGAAUUCAAAGAUAGCAGAUUUAGGAUGUGGUGAAGCUCAAAUAGCUCAAACUUUUACAGAUUGGUCUAUAACUUCCUUUGAUUUAAUUCAAUAUAAUAAAUAUGUAACAGUUUGUAAUAUAACUCAAUUACCUCUUGAAAAUGAUUCUUAUGAUUGUUUUGUUUUAUGUUUAAGUCUUAUGAAUACUGACUGGCCAAAAAUUAUAUAUGAGUCUGUCCGUUGUCUAAAAAAGGGAGCAACUUUAAUAAUAGCGGAUGUCGUUAGCAGAUUUACCAACUACAAGGGUUUUUUAAAGUUUAUGCAAAGUGUCGGAUUUUCUCUUCACAACAAGAUAAACAUAGAUGACUUUUUUCAUGUGCUAUUUUUUGCAAAUGAAAAAAAAAAAGAUAAAUUGCCAUUUGUAGUGAAUGAUAAAAUGGUUAGUAGUACUUCAAAAUUGUUAUCUCCAUGUAUUUACAAAAGAAGAUAA